AUAAAGUUGGAAUAAUAGUCUACAGUGAUUAGGUACUGGUUCCCUCGAAUAUCCAUUAUGUCAGCACCUACUUUUUCCCAUGGGCUAAUCCCCUCACAGUGUUGCCAGAGAGUCUCUUUCUGAUUUCUGGGCUUUCUUUCCUGGCAAGCAGCUCAUGACUGUUUCAUUUGUUUGAUCUCACCAGCCAUGCCUGGCCAGAAAAUGACAUUUCUUGCUCUUCUCAUCAUACUGUCGUAUCCCAGAUGAGAGGUAUGUAACUCCAUUUUUAUUUCACGACUCAUGCUUUUCGGUGUUUGUUGAUGUGUGUUUUAUAUAGGUUGCACCACUCGGUGUUUGGGAGUAACAUCCCUUGUAACUGUUGUUGUCAACCAAUAUGGCGUUCGAUUAAACAGCUGAUUUCAUGUCUUAUAAGUUAUAUCCAGAGUCUUGUUAUUCUUCGUUCAUAAUAAUCAACAGUGUUAGAUAAUUAGUAUCCUUUCUCGUUUCAUUAUUAUUCCAUUGCUGAUGCUUCUAAGAGUAUCAAAGACUCAACAAACACUUUGAGUGAUCAACUAAAAUGAUGGCUUCAUCGUAAGCAACAGUUGUGACAGUUCGUGGGAUACGGAGAUCUACAUCUAUCUGGAAUGUUCGACAAGUAAGAUUACAAAUUAGUCUUUAGUAUUCGAAGAGAUAGAAGACCAUUGUACAAGAACUUUUAGGAAAUUGCCGGAAUAUAUAUUUCACUUUAUGGAUAAAUUCACUCCAUUGCAACAGGAUCACGUUCUGAAGUCAUUACGGACAUGUUAACUUUAAAAAAAACAGGUUGUGCUCCGAAAAGGAAUUCGUUGUUAUCCACACUGACAACCUAACAGCCAUGAAUGUUUGUGUCUUGGGUCUUAGCCAUAUAAUACUAAUCGCUAUGGUUGUAGUACCCGGAAUAUCGAAUGACCUUCAAAGCUGUCAAGCUGCCCAGCUACGUUGUCAUGCCAGAAGUGGAUGCCUGAUGGCGCUCAGUAACUUUUUUCUUCACUGUCAGGCUGUAAUUAAAGGAGACACCAAAGCUUCGUGUCCGACAGAAUGCAAGCACGCUCUGGUGUCUCUGUUGUCCACCGAAGACAACGCUGGAGUCGCCUUCAUCAACUGUGACUGCCAUAAGGGAGGUGUGUGCUCCGAAAGAAAAGAGCGCGUAGCUGUCUGUCAGAACGAAGUCUUGGAAUCCAUAAACGUUCUUCGGGAAGACGCACAGCCUGUUUCCUGCAAUCUGGCCAGAGGCGUCUGCGAGGCGGAUACCUCGUGCCUCGCGGCUCUUCAGUAUUACUACGACCACUGUUCACGACUGUUCAGCGGCGUCAGGUGCACAGCGAGGUGCAGAAACAGCCUGGAGAUACUGUCCCGCCAACCUCACGCCAGCAAGCUGCGCACUUGCAAAUGUGAUGGCACCGAAGACUACGAUUGCGAAGCGCUCAAAGUAAACACCGAAGCGAUGUGCUUCCACAACAAGAGAAAAAUCAGAAACGACAUUAACUCUAUUCCAGAUUCUGGUGAUGAUUUAUCCAAAGAGUCUGACGAACCUUACAACAAGAAGAAGAUGACAGCGCGGGAUAAGAAAAAAGCCAAACGAAGGAAAAGAAGAAACCGAGCAUUAACCAAUUUAAAGAAAGCCCAACGAGACAAGAAGCUGAAAGAGAAAAAAUCAACACAGAGAAAAACCCAGAAGUCAUCCAGUACAAAAUCCUGAAUGAAUUUGAUCUAGUAGGCUCUAUAAAAAAAAAAACGAGAUCUAAGUCUAGAUAAAAAAAAAAAAAGCACA